CUGCAUGCCUUUAAAAGGAAUUUGGCCUGAAUGCUUGAUUGUUGUCUCUCCAUUCCAUGGUAUGAGUUUGAUAAGGAGGGAUGGACACAGUCCAGAGGCUCACAUCAUGCCUGAUUUGAUGCAGAGUCACUCAUAAGCGGGUGUCCAUUUGUGCCAUUCUGUUUCUUGUCCAUAGGUGAGGAGGUUAGCAGCGGACACGGCUUGGCUUGGAGAGAACCACAGUCCAUGCGUGCGGGCUUUCUGUGCAGAAUGUUUUGUGAUUUCGACUAUGGCUUUAAAAAUUAAGAUUUUAAUUUCUUUACUACAAGGGAAUUUUUCUUGUAAAUUUUUGUUCACUUGACCUUAUCUUAAAAGUUCUCAUUUGGAAAGGAGUCCCUCGUGGAUGAGUGCGUUCUUCAUGCGUCAAUCGUUCGUUCUGACUGGAGUGGAAAGGAAAAUGUAUAUGUGAACCUUCAAGUUGAUUCUAAAGCAUUAGGUUUUGAAACUGGACGUUUUCACUGGAUGGUGUGUGUGGAUUUAUGGAGAAGAUGAACAGAGGAUUGUUUGGGUUCUACUCUGGAUCACAGGGUGUUGUGCGUAAGGUGCUGGUUUCUGCAGAGAAUUUGCAGUUCACGUUGAGCUCAGACUUCAGCCUUGAAGAGCGCACACUCCGCUGCCAUCAUGGAGGCUGUCUGGAGGCAAAAACCACGGGGAAUGAGGACCUAAAGGAGAUGCUGGAGAGCACCAAGGAGUCUCACAAACUGGAGGCCAUGAAGAGGGUGGUGGGGCUGAUAGCGAAGGGGAAAAAUGCAUCAGAGCUGUUCCCUGCUGUGGUGAAAAAUGUUGCGAGCAAGAACCUUGAGCUGAAGAAGCUGGUUUACGUGUACUUGGUCAGGUAUGCAGAGGAACAGCAGGAUCUUGCCCUCCUGUCAAUCAGCACCUUUCAGCGUGCUCUCAAGGAUCCAAACCAGCUGAUCAGGGCCAGUGCUCUACGGGUUCUCUCCAGCAUUCGCGUGCCGAUCAUUGUGCCCAUUAUGAUGUUGGCCAUCAAAGAGGCUGCUUCUGACCUUUCACCUUAUGUCAGGAAAACGGCUGCUCAUGCCAUACAGAAACUGUACAGUCUGGAUCCUGAUCAGAAGGAGCCCCUGAUUGAAGUGAUCGAGAAGCUCCUAAGAGACAAAAGCACGUUGGUGGCAGGGAGUGUGGUGAUGGCAUUUGAAGAAGUGUGUCCCGAACGGAUUGAUCUGAUCCAUAAGAACUACCGGAAGCUGUGCAACCUUCUGAUUGAUGUGGAGGAAUGGGGGCAGGUGGUGAUCGUCAACAUGCUCACCCGCUACGCCCGUACCCAGUUCAUCAGCCCAUGGCGAGAGGACGGUGUAUUUGAUGAAAACUGUGAAAAUGCAUUCUACGAUUCGGAUGAAGAGAAGAAAGACGACGUGACGCAGACAAAGCCAUACAUGAUGGAUCCAGAUCAUAGAUUACUGCUACGCAAUAUCAAACCUUUACUGCAGAGCAGAAAUACUGCUGUGGUAAUGGCUGUGGCACAGCUGUAUUGGCACUUGGCCCCUAAGCAUGAACUGAACAUCAUCACAAAAUCUCUGGUGCGACUGCUAAGAAGCCACAGAGAGGUUCAGUAUAUAGUUCUGCAAAAUAUCGCCACCAUGUCCAUUCAGAAAAAGGGCAUGUUUGAGCCAUUCUUGAAGAGUUUUUAUGUAAGAUCGACAGAUGCUACACACAUCAAAACCCUGAAGCUGGAAAUCCUAACUAACUUGGCCAAUGAAGCCAACAUCUCCACCAUACUCCGCGAGUUCCAGACGUAUGUUAAGAGUCAGGACAAAGAGUUUGCUGCCACUACUAUCCAGGCGAUUGGAAGAUGCGCGACCAACAUCUCUGAGAUCACAGAUGCAUGUCUCAAUGGCCUUGUGCUAUUGCUUUCCAGCCAAAAUGAGACUGUUGUAGCAGAGAGUGUGGUGGUCAUUAAGAAGCUGCUUCAGACACAGCCCUUACAGCAUAGCGACAUCAUCAAACACAUGGCUGCGCUGUUUGACAGCAUUACGGUGCCCAUGGCAAGGGCAAGUAUUCUGUGGCUCACUGGGGAAUAUUGUGAGCACGUGCCAAAAAUCUCUCCCGACCUUCUGAGGAAAGUGGCCAAGAGCUUUACCAGUGAAGAGGACAUUGUUAAAAUUCAAGCAGUCAACCUCGCGGCCAAACUGUACCUCACCAACUCCAAACAGACCAAGCUUUUGGUACAGUACAUUCUAAACCUGGGGAAGUACGAUCAGAACUAUGACAUCAGAGAUCGUACUCGGUUUAUCCGGCAGCUGAUCGUUCCAAACGAGAGAAGUGGGGCUUUGAACAAAUACGCACGGCGCAUUCUGCUGGCACCCAAACCCGCCCCAGUGCUGCAGUCUGCUUUUAAAGAUCGGGAUCGCUUUCAGCUCGGCACGCUAUCCCACACUCUGAACUCUAAAGCCACGGGCUAUCUGGAGUUAUCUGAUUGGCAGACCGUGGCUCCUGACCAAUCUGUGAGAAAUGUGGAAGUGGUGGAAGAGAUGAAUGAACGGGCUCAGUCUGUCAGCAAAGCCAAACCUGCCUUGUCAGACAAGUUCUACUCAGACUCUGGAGAGGAAGAAGAGGAUGAGGAGGAUGAGGAGGAAGGAUCAGAUAGCAGCAGUGAGGACAGCAGUAGCAGCAGUGAAGAGUCGAGCAGCAGCACGGAGAGUGAGGAGCAUGGUGAAAGUAGCAGCGAGUCUGACGAGAGCUCUAGCCAGUCAGAGAAGAGCGCUGACUUGGGUUCUGACAAGAAAAAAAAGAAAACUCUGAAAAACAAAGAACUUCAGCAGGGCACAAAACCCAGUAAAGACAGUGACUCGGAUGAGGGCCAAAACAGCAGGCAGGUUGGUAAAGCUGGUUUGGGAAACGAGUCGAUUACUUCCGAGGAAACGUCGUCCAGCUCAGAGUCCGACUCCGAUUCCAACUCUGCAACUAAACAGAAACCAAAAAAUACAUCCAAACCAUUCAAGAAGUUGGAAGGACAACCUAAGAAAGCAAAAGAGGUUUCUCUCUUGGAUCUGGAUGACUUUUCACCCACUGUAGUUGCCACACCCAAGAGCUCCAUCCUCUCCCCAAGUCUUUUGUCUGACCUGCAAGGCCUCUCACUUUCUGCAUCCUCCACCCCGGCCAUCCAGGUAACCAGUCCCAUGUUUGUUCCAGUUCAAUCUCAUGAGCUGCUCCACAGCAUGACUGGAAAAGGCCUGGCUGCUCACUAUCACUUUACCCGGCAGCCAUGUAUCUAUGGCAACCACAUGGUUUCUCUGACACUGACACUUAGCAAUCACAGUGACCACGUCCUGCACAACAUCCACAUCAUGGAGGCAGCGUCCCCCAGUCAGAAAAUCCACUGUUUCAGCCCAAUUGAGAGUUUGGAGCUGGAAGCAUCAGUAACGGUCUCAGUUGGGGUGGAUUUUAAUGAUUCAACCCAAGCAGCCAAUUUCCAGUUGUGUACUAAAGAAGAUCGGUUCAGUGUGUCUAUCCAGCCAGCAGUGGGAGAACUACUACUCCCAGUCACCAUGUCUGAACAGGACUUUAACCGAGAGCAAGGAAAGCUGCAGGGAAUGAAUGAAAGCUCCGCCACAGUCAUGAUGUCAUCCAAAAACACCUCGAUCAGUGACAAAGUCAGGACUGUGGCUAACGUGGGUGUGGUGCCGUCUGGAGAAAAUAACAUGCACAGGUUUGCAGCCAAGCUGGUGAGCUCUGGUACCCUGGUGUUGGUGUGUGUGGUACAGAAAGAUGCCAGCGCUCAACUUACCGUCAACACAGAAAAGACGGUCAUCGGCUCCAUGCUCCUCCAUGAGAUCCAGAUAGCACUUGGUGCCCCCUAGAAUACACCUUAUUCCACACCCCCCAACUAAAACCUGCAUAAAAUACACAUUUUGUAUGAAUGUAAGUGAGUGAGUGUGAGAGAGAGAGCGAGA